AUUAAGGGAAGGGAACAGAAGCGGUGUGCAGGAGAGAGGAGGGAGAAUAGGUGGAACUCGCUUUUAUAGUCACGCAUGCACUGCACGCAGGCAUCGCACAGCACACGUGUGGUCAUGUAGCUGGGGGAGUGGCUAGGAAUUCUAACACAAACAUCCUGAGGGACAGCUCUAUUAUGUGCUUAUUUGGGCCAGGGUACACUAUGAUUAAGACAACAAUGAAACCUAACAUGGCCCAAUCUCUAAAACCCUUCCAGUUUAGUUCCUCCAAUUAAAUUUAGUGCCAAUUUAGUUUUGUCUUCUUCGGGACACAGCAACUUUACUUUCCCAUUUCCCACUUCACAACUCAUUAGGGCGGAAUUCCACGGACUCAUGGUUCCACCCACCCCGAUCCCCGACAUCCUGCUCUUCUACUUGCUUGAAUGUUUCUAAACAGUCUUCCUUCUACCUCAUCUGCUUCCUAUUCCUUACGACAUGAGCCAUCUUCUUCAACAAGGUCUCGAACGCUUAGUGAUCCUCUUGGCUUUGGGGUGGGGAUUACAGGAGGUUCCAGGACCAUCUAUCUAGCUCAUUCACCUCUUUAACAGGCUAACCCUCAUGGGCCUCAGGGCACAGGCAGAGGGCACUUCUCCCUAUUCCCCUGACCACACCGUUGCUCCUUUCUGCUCUGGCCACCGUCAGUCCAUCUGACUAUCAAGAGUGUGGCACAUGCUUGCUGGCUACCUCUCCAACGAGGCCUCCUAACACAUUUCUCUUUCUUCAGCUUUUGAAAAGUCCCCAGCCGGUGCAGCUCGGGGGAUUCCCGAACACACUAGGAGGCCCGCAGGCGCGUCUUCCGGUCGGCUGCCUCGCCGGCGGCGGUUCCGAGGGGGAUUUUCCUGGGCGCCGUCACCCAAGCUUUCGGGCCACCGCGCGACACGGCGUCUGCGCAGGCGCGGACGCGCGGGGCAUCACGGGCCGCCCGGACGCAGAAGAUGGCGGACGCGGCCGUGGGUAAAGACAAGUGCGGGGACCAGCGGCUCGUGUCGCUGCCGCUGUCCCGCAUCCGAGUCAUCAUGAAGAGCUCUCCUGAGGUGUCCAGCAUCAACCAGGAGGCGCUGGUGCUCACGGCCAAGGCCACGGAACUUUUUGUUCAGUAUCUGGCCACCUGUUCCUACAGACACGGCAGUGGUAAGGCCAAGAAAGCACUGACCUACAGUGACUUAGCCAGCACUGCCGAGGACUCGGAGACCCUUCAGUUCCUGGCAGAUAUAUUACCAAAGAAGAUUUUAGCUAGUAAGUACCUGAAGAUGCUCAAAGAGAAGAGGGAGGAAGAGGAGGAAGAGAAUGACGAUGAGGGAAGCGACGUCGGCGACGUGCUGGCUUAAGCGUCAGUGCCUUCGGUGAGCCGGUGAGCGGGCUCCACGACAGCCUCCCAGCAGUCAGUGCUGCAGCGCCAGUGGCUCCGCCUCGCAGCUCAUUGCACCCCUCCUGCAGUGGAUAGGACUGGGCAGCCUCCCUCCCACCCAGGCCGGGAGAGCUCUGGGCAGGCGGCACUGCUGUGGCUUUGGGUCCAGCAGCAGCACAUACCUCUGAGCUUCGUGUUGAACUUGCAGGAAGACCUGGAAAGCUCCAUGUCAGCAGUCUGGUCACAGGAACUUCUUGUUUUCACAAAUAGCUGCAUGUGUAGCUCAUGUUCAUGUGCUGCCUUUGAAUUUUGGUAUUUUUUUAACAAAUGGACUAUGCAUUUUUAUUGUACAGAAUUUGCUUUUCCUUUUCCAUUAAAUGUCUGUAUGUAUUUCA